UUUUCCCGAUCUACUUUUUUGGAGAGACUCGGGAGCAGCAUUCUGUGUGUUGUUAACUGAGGAGGCGAGUGGCGAAAGCGCGCAGCUAAAACAAUGAGACCGCUUUUCUUUGGAGUGUUGGGCUGCUCGCUGGUCCUGUCGGUCCAAGCCUUUUACUCUGCUAGUGAUGAUGUUGUUGAGCUCACCCCCUCCAACUUCAACAGGGAGGUCAUCCAGAGUGACAGUCUGUGGCUGGUUGAGUUUUACGCUCCCUGGUGCGGUCACUGCCAAAGUCUAACUCCAGAAUGGAAGAAGGUGGCCACUGCCCUCAAGGGUAUUGUCAAGGUUGGUGCUGUAGAUGCAGACCAGCACAAGUCACUGGGUGGUCAAUAUGGUGUCAGAGGUUUCCCCACAAUCAAGAUCUUUGGAGCCAAUAAGAACAAGCCAGAGGAGUACCAAGGUGCACGCAGUAGCCAAGCCAUCGUGGAUGGUGCUAUGAACGCUUUGCGGACCCUGGUGAAAGAGAGGCUGAGCGGCAGCUCUGGCUACAACAAACAGCAGGGUGGUGGUGGCGGAGGCAGCAAGAAGGAUGUGGUUGAGCUUACUGAUGACAACUUUGACAAGAUGGUGCUGGAGAGUGAUGAUGUGUGGAUGGUGGAGUUCUUUGCCCCCUGGUGUGGACACUGCAAAAACCUGGAGCCUGAGUGGGCAGCUGCAGCUACAGCUGUCAAGGAUCAGACCAAGGGCAAAGUUCGACUUGGAGCUGUGGACGCAACUGUACACCAGGGUCUAUCCAGUCGCUACGGGAUUCGUGGAUUUCCCACCAUUAAGAUUUUCCGCAAAGGUGAGGAGCCAGAGGACUUCCAAGGAGGCCGCACCCGUGGGGACAUCAUUGAGAGGGCUUUGGACCUGUUCUCUGAUAACGCCUCUCCUCCUGAACUGCUGGAGAUCCUUAAUGAAGAUGUGUUGAAGAAGACCUGUGAGGACAGCCAGUUGUGUAUAAUUGCUGUUCUGCCACACAUCCUGGACACAGGUGCAGCUGGUAGAAACGGCUACCUGGAGGUGAUGAUGAAAAUGGCUGAGAAGUACAAGAAGAAGAUGUGGGGCUGGGUGUGGACUGAGGCGGGAGCUCAGAUGGAGCUGGAGGCCUCGCUGGGUAUUGGUGGAUUUGGCUACCCCGCCAUGGCCGCCAUCAACACACGGAAGAUGAAAUACGCUCUGCUGAGGGGCUCCUUCAGUGAGACUGGCAUUCAUGAGUUCCUCAGGGAGCUUUCUGUGGGUCGUGGGUCAACUGCUACCUUGGGAGGUGGGGCCAUGCCCAAGAUUCACCCCAUUGAGCCCUGGGACGGCAAAGAUGGACAGCUCCCAGUGGAGGAUGACUAUGACCUAAGUGAUGUAGACAUGGAUGACGACUUUGGGAAGGACGAGUUAUGAGCCUAAAUGGGGCAGGAUCUGAGCCAGACUGGUUUGGUCUGGUCCUGCGUGACCCGCCUCCCCUCUCCUGUGGACGAAUGGGAGGCCCAGUCGCCCAGUUACUGAAAUUCUCUAGAAAAGACACAUGAGAAACACCUGCAGUUUCUCACAUCAUCUUUCAGUCACAUA